UCGGUGAUGGGAGGGGGAAACUGGUGCUGAUGCAGGACAGCAACGCCAGCAAUACUUUGCGGUGAAACUCUGGAACAGCCGCUGCUGUUUGUCGACUAAAGAACCAAAAUAGCUUUACCUCAGUUCUUCCAUCCGAUGAUUGUUACAUUUUUUGAUUUUAAGUAAUCCUUAAAUGAUCGAAUGUCAUGGGAUCGAUUUGUAACUGAUAGGAAUGGGUAGUCGCAAUUGAGUUGAUCUAUUUGUUGGAUAUCGCAAAUGGACGGCGUGUACUGAUGCGAGGAUAACGGGCAUUAAGAAGACACACCAACAUUCAUGCAUCGUUGAAUUUUCUGUAAAGUUUAUUGGGAUAUCUGUCCGCAGGAUAGACUGAGAUGGCGGAUGCUGCCGAGUGCGGUGUUAAAGUAAUGUGCCGUUUCAGGCCAUUAAAUGAAUCCGAAAUCACAAGGGGAGAUAAAUACAUACCCAAAUUCAAGGAGGACGACACGGUGGUUAUAACAGGAAAACCGUACGUCUUUGACCGGGUCCUGCCCCCUAACACCGCCCAGGAACAGGUGUACGAUGCCUGCGCCAAACAGAUUGUCAAAGAUGUCCUGGGAGGCUACAACGGGACCAUCUUUGCCUAUGGGCAAACCUCCUCUGGGAAGACCCACACUAUGGAGGGCAAGCUGCACGACCCCCAGCUGAUGGGGAUUAUCCCUCGUAUCUCCCAUGACAUAUUUGACCACAUUUACUCCAUGGACGAGAACCUGGAGUUUCACAUCAAGGUCUCAUAUUUUGAAAUUUAUUUGGACAAAAUAAGGGACUUGUUGGAUGUUUCAAAGACAAACCUGGCUGUGCAUGAAGACAAGAACCGUGUGCCCUAUGUGAAGGGUUGCACAGAGCGAUUUGUCUCCAGUCCUGAAGAGGUGAUGGAUGUCAUUGAUGAGGGAAAAGCCAAUCGUCAUGUUGCUGUCACAAACAUGAACGAGCACAGCUCCAGAAGCCACAGCAUCUUCCUGAUCAACAUCAAGCAGGAGAACGUGGAGACGGAAAAGAAGCUCUCUGGGAAGCUCUACCUGGUGGACCUGGCAGGAAGUGAGAAGGUCAGUAAAACAGGAGCAGAGGGAGCUGUGCUGGACGAGGCUAAAAAUAUCAACAAGUCCCUGUCCGCUCUGGGCAACGUCAUCUCAGCGCUGGCCGAGGGCACUAAAACACACGUGCCGUACCGAGACAGCAAGAUGACCCGCAUCCUGCAGGACUCUCUGGGGGGCAACUGCAGAACCACCAUCAUCAUCUGCUGCUCCCCGUCCGUCUACAACGAGGCUGAGACCAAAUCUACACUCAUGUUUGGACAGAGAGCUAAGACCAUAAAGAACACGGUGUGUGUAAAUCUGGAGCUGACCGCUGAGGAGUGGAAGAAGAAGUACGAGAAGGAGAAGGAGAAGAACAAGAGUCUGAAGAGCAUCAUCCAGCGCCUGGAGAUGGAGCUGAACCGCUGGAGGAACGGUGAGAAUGUGCCAGAGAACGAGCAGUUGAGUUCUAAGGAGCAGAAGAGCAUUGAGACGUGUGAUAACACGCCCAUCAUCGAUAACCUGGCCCCGCCAGUGGUCACUCUGGUGUCCACCGAGGAGAAGAACAAAUAUGAGGAGGAGAUCCGCAACCUCUACAAGCAGAUGGACGACAAGGAUGAUGAAAUUAACCAGCAGAGCCAGCUUGCUGAGAAGCUUAAGGAGCAGAUGCUGGACCAGGAUGAGCUGCUGGCGUCGACGCGGCGUGACUACGAUAAGAUCCAGGAGGAGCUGGGCCGGCUGCAGGUGGAGAACGAGGCGGCCAAGGAGGAGGUGAAGGAGGUGCUGCAGGCACUGGAGGAGCUCGCCGUCAACUACGACCAGAAGAGCCAGGAGGUGGAGGAGUUCACCCGCGCCAACGAGAUCCUCACCGAGGAGCUCACACAGAAGACGGCGGUGCUGGGUGCGGUUCAGAAAGAGCUGGCCCAACUGCAGGAGCUCAGCAGUCACCAGAGAAAGAGGGCAGCAGAGGUCCUCAACCUGCUGCUCCGGGACCUCAGUGAGAUAGGGGGCAUCAUCGGUACCAAUGACAUGAAGACAUCGGAGCCAAAUGGUGCACUGGAGGAGGAGUUCACCAUGGCGCGCCUCUACAUCAGCAAGAUGAAGUCGGAGGUCAAGUCUCUGGUCAACCGCAGCAAGCAGCUGGAGACUGCGCAGGCCGACACCAGCCGCAAGAUGCAGGCCAACGAGAAGGAGCUCGCCUCGUGCCAACUCCUCAUCGCCCAGCACCAGGCCAAGAUCAAGUCUCUGACCGACUACAUGCAGAACAUGGAGGAGAAGAAGAGGCAGCUGGAGGAGAACCAGGACGUUCUCACCGAGGAACUCGCCAAGCUGCAGGGCCAGGAGAAGAUGCAUGAGGUCUCUGGGAUGGAGAAUGAGAAGGACAUAGAUCGGCUGCAGGACGCCGAGGAAAUUAAGAAGUCGUUGGACGAGCAGAUGGUCAACCAUCGGGACACCCACCAGAAGCAGCUGUCCCGCCUCAGGGACGAGGUGGCCGUCAAGCAGAGGAUGCUGGACGAGCUCAAAGAUCUGAACGAGAGCCUGCUGCUGGAGCAGAAGAAGCUCAUGUCCGACUACGAGAAGCUCAAGAUGGAGGAGCAGGAGAAGGACCAGAAGUUGCAGCAGCUCAUCAUGAUCAAUGAGAAGCAGGAGGUGGCCAGGCAGGACCUCAAGGGGCUCGAGGAGACUGUGGCCAAAGAGUUGCAGACACUCCAUAACCUGCGCAAGCUCUUCGUGCAGGACCUGACCAUGAGGGUCAAGAAGAGUGCAGAGAUGGACUGCGAGGACGGCGUAGGCAGUGCUGCACAGAAACAGAAGAUCUCCUUCCUGGAGAAUAAUCUGGAACAGCUCACUAAAGUUCACAAACAGCUGGUGCGUGAUAACGCCGACCUGCGCUGUGAGCUGCCCAAGCUGGAGAAGCGUCUGCGUGCCACAGCUGAGAGGGUCAAGGCCCUGGAGUCGGCGCUCAAGGAGGCCAAGGAGAACGCCAUGAGGGACCGCAAGCGCUACCAGACCGAGGUGGACCGCAUCAAAGAUGCCGUCCGCGCCAAGAACAUGGCCCGGAGGGGCCACUCGGCUCAGAUCGCCAAACCCAUCAGGGCAGGCCACCACCACUCCUCUCCCACCCCCCUCUCCAUCAAGGGUGGAGGAACCGUCUACCACUACACCCACAACAGCAACUGAGCCACACAGGACUCUCCUGGUGUAAGCAUGCCCAGACCCCCCCCCACCCCCUAACACUCUCUCUCUGCGCUGUGCUUCAACCAGUAACUCCAUCCACCCCACCCCCAACACACACACACACACACACACACACACACACCCAUCCUCAGCAGUCUCCA